UUCAACAAGUAAAUAAAAAAGGCGGUUAGCUCAGCGCCAGCCCGAGCCCUAACUUAAAAAUCUCUCUCACCCUGUGAACUGCGGUGCAGUGCUGCUUUGCCUUUGUCUUUAAUCCCCCAUCGAGCCUUCGUCUUCCUUCCCCCACAAUGAAGCUCGUCAGGUUUUUAAUGAAGUUGAACAACGAGACCGUGUCGAUCGAGCUAAAAAAUGGAACCGUCGUUAACGGCACGAUAACAGGUGUGGAUAUCAGUAUGAAUACACACUUGAAGACAGUGAAACUAACAUUGAAGGGAAAAAAUCCAGUUACUCUGGAUCAUCUCAGCGUGAGGGGUAACAAUAUUCGAUAUUAUAUCCUUCCAGACAGCUUAAAUCUUGAGACUUUGCUUGUCGAAGAGGCACCUAGAGUCAAGCCCAAGAAGCCAACUGCUGGGAAGCCAUUGGGACGGGGACGGGGCCGUGGGCGUGGGCGUGGACGUGGUCGUGGCCGUUAAGUCAUGUUGCAUUGCUUUCAAUUUUUGGGGCACCCGGAUUUGUAAACACCUCUGUUGUAGGAAGAAUUUAUUGGUGAUCUUUACAGACCGGAAACGAGUGGUAUUGCUUUUAAAUCUAAUGUUUUGAAUUUGUUA